AUGGGUAAUAAGCAAACGAUAUUUACUGAUGAACAGCUAGAUGCCUACCAGGAUUGCACAUUCUUCACUCGGAAAGAAAUUCUUCGGUUGCAUGGCCGGUACCAUGAAAUGGCACCAAAUGUUGUGCCUAUGGACUAUACAAAAGAUCCAGAUGUUAAACUACCUAUGCAGCUUAUAAUAAACAUGCCUGAGCUAAAGGAGAAUCCUUUCAGGGAAAGGAUUGUUGAAUCUUUUUCAGAAGAUGGAGAAGGGAGCCUCAGCUUCAAUGAUUUUGUGGACAUGUUCUCUGUUCUCAGUGAAAUGGCUCCCAGAGAGCUUAAAGCAAUCUAUGCCUUCAAGAUCUAUGAUUUUAACACAGAUAACUUCAUUUGUAAAUCAGACCUGGAAAAAACCCUCAAUAAGCUGACCCGAGAAGAGCUAACAGCAGAAGAAAUCACAUUAGUUUGUGAGAAGGUAAUAGAAGAAGCUGAUAUGGAUGGUGAUGGGAAACUAGGAUUUGCAGAUUUUGAAAACAUGAUUUCUAAAGCACCAGACUUUCUCAGUACUUUCCACAUAAGAAUCUGAAGAUGUUUCUGUGAACCAGUGUUGCCAGAAAUGACUUGCCAGUCUGGUCUUUCUGAAUCUCAGGCACUUUGGGGGCUGUUGUCCUCUAUUAUGGCUUCUUAGAACUCAGCAAAAAGUACUGAAAUAAUUCUGGUCCACCAGGAGUCAGAAGCAUCAUUUGAGCUGCAAGACAUUUGGAACAGUGACAUUUUUAUCUCCACUGCUGGCCAAGCAGUCUGACAAGGAUGAUUGGUUCUUGGGUUGUGGGGUUUUUUUAACAGACAGAACCAGAAUAUUAUUAAAGGUAUU